UACCUUUUGCCGGGUCUGAAAGUGCCUUUUGUUGCAGUUCUCUUAUACGAUCCACUCGAAAAACAUGUUUAAUGUUAAAGCUUUUAUCUUUAUUAUAUUGUGUGUCUUUCCAAUAUGGAGCUUUAUAGAAAUUUACGACACUGAGCAUGCUCAACAACAAUUGGCGGAAGAAAUGAGCGAAAUCAGCGUAAUAGCUAAAGCUCAGCAAUUGAUUGAUAAAAUGAAGGAUGGAGUGGGAGGAUCAACAAUAGCAAUUCACCAUCCCAGUGGUAAGAAAUUCAUUCAUAGAAACCGCUGGAUCUUCACUUGUCAAGGCGAGGUAUCAAAAGAAAAUGGACAUUGUAAUGGAAACGCAUUAGAAUCCUUAACAGCCUUCAAGCCUAUGAAACAAUCCGAUUUCUGUUUCAUUAAAAACUACAAUUCCAUCAACGAGACACUUUGUUUAUCAUCGCACCCUGUAAAGAUGGUCUUCGAGAACAACACCAUAAUUUGUGAACCCACCACUGAAUUCUUUCCAACUUUGGACAUCGAAAUUGAGGACUACAUCAAACUUUGCGAGAAUAUUUCUGCUAAUGUCACUUAUAUAUAUUAUGGAAAUCAGAGUGAUCCUGACCAUAUCCAAAUUCCUAAUGAGAAUAUAAGAGUAAAAUGUGAAAAUCAUUUGAAAGAAUCAGAUAACUCUAGCUCUAGAUCAGUAACAACUAAAAAGAUCUUGAAGGAAUAUGAUUCUGCCAUUAAUAAAACAGGUAUAUGUGUCUUUACCGAACAAGAUAAAGUCGUUUUGAAGCUGCUCGAAUAUCUACAGUUGUAAAUUGAUUUAAAUGUACAAGAAUUGUUAGUACAAAACUAUUAUUAUUAUGUAUAUUAGAUUUUAGAGUGCAAUUUUUAUAAUAGCAUACCAAUAUUUGUAGAAAAAUAACUUCUAACAAAAAUAUAAUAGUUUUAUUAAUUUUAUAUUUUGUUUUUAAUAUAUAGGAGUUUUCAAAUGAAUAGUCUUGGAGAAUAAUUAUCGAGUGUAUGCAACCAAAAAUUCUGUUACAGAGAUAUUGAAAUCGUAAAUAUUUUCUGUGAAAAAGUCAGUUUUUAACUCUGUAAUAGUUUUAUUUGGAAUUAAAACCUGAAAUUAAUGUAGGUAUUAUGUUCAUAAAAAAGA